GGUUGAAAUUAAAGAAUCCGACCAUAGUAACGCAACACGCAGUUUGUUCUUGCUCAUGAUUUUUAUCACACGAUGGCAUACUCAACGAAUUCCACUGGCUAAGAGAUAAAAACACCUGUAAUUCGCCUUUUUGAAGCGACCGUUACCGUUUUAAUUGGUUUCUAAUUUCAUAUUGAAGUGAAGUGCUGCUACGUUAUUGCGUUGCAGAGGGACAGCUGCAAAAGGCAUAGAAGACAUUGGCAACUAACGUUGUUUAUGGAUCAGAGACAAUUUCGUUAUGACGUUUUGCAAAAUGAUGUACUUCCUACGCACCCUUGGAAUCCUUUCAGUAUUCCUAAACCCUUCCCAAGCGACGGAAAUAUUCAUUCAAAUUCCAGUGUCAAUCAGUCCAUUAGUACAACCAGCGUGGAUAGAGAUGUCACGGUCAGUAAGCUUUUUCUAUAAAACGGACAGGAACUUUUACUCGAAAGUAACACCACUCGAUGUUGCCAAGAACGAAAAUCAAGAAAUUUCAGAAAUAAUAAAGAAGCCGAUUAGUGUCGUUUUCCUUAUCGCAGCCUCCUCUCGUAUUUCACAAAUUUUAACACGCGAGAAACUUAUCUACGACACUGGAAGUAGCAAAUGGUCCUACAAGAUCCCGGUUAAGAAAUUGAUAAGUGAAUCGGACGGCACUGUCACGAAACUUACUGACACGAUGAAGAUAUACAAACUACAAGAACUAGCGAUGAGAGUUCUUGCAAGGAAAUACGAACUAAGCGUAGACUCCAUUCUUCAAAAGCAUGGUAUGAAUCAGAUGGAACUUUAUGCCGCAGAUGAAGAACAAUGGAUAAAGAUUGUGGGCACGAUAACUGAUAUUGUUAUCAAAAAAAGAUCAAAUGAAAUGAAUCUAACUCCGUGUUAUUUGGCAGAACUUAUCAAUAAAACAGAAAGCGAGACACAAGGAUUCACACUCCAAGAAGUUGACAUAUAUCUGAACAAUAAAAGUAAGCUGAAUAAGAAACUACCCGUUUACAGAGACUCGACCCUGCGUAGUUUCUACCAAGAGUUCAACAUGACGCCAACACAACUCGCUAAGAUUAGUAAUACCAACCUUACAGUUCUCAAAGCAAUUGGAGUAAAAAAUCUUAUUCAGCUAUUUACCAGAACUAUAUUGUCAAAACUCGAAAUCAACAAAAUGCCUUCGUCUUUCUCAGAGAACGAAACUAUCUGUCCGUCACAGUGGAGCACGUUCAAAGAUGCAGUGCUUUUAGAAGCAUUUGAAAAUCAAGCAAAGAAAAUGUCCAUCACACCAGCAAUUCUUGCAAAUCUUAUCAAAAUGCCUUAUAAUAAUAUUAAAACGCUGUCAGUAAUGAAGAUGAUUAAUCUUAUUGAACUUGCCAUAAAUCCGAUUAAAGAAGACAAAAGAAAGACUGAAAAGUUUACAUUAUCAAUGUUGAGAAAAAUUAACAGCACUAAAAGACUUAACACUAAAAAGCACAAUGCCAUUUCUUUGAUCAAACGUACGACAAAGUUCGGGAAGUAUGCAUUCAAGCUGCUGUACGGAUGGGCGCCUCGUGAUUAUCAUUUUGCACGAUUGUUUUCCGCCGAGGAAAUUGGCGACGUAUGCCUCAUUGACAUCAACAAGAAAACGCUACUUUCACUGGCAAAAAUCAACAUGGGUAAAAACAGUGAAGACAUUAACUGCACAGCAUUCCUUGCAUUGAGGUCUGUUUGGGGCCAAGCAAGUUUAAGUGACUUGAAAAACCUAUAUUACCCAAACACACGAAUUUCACUAUCAGAGCCCAUUGCAACCGUACUGGGAAAACUCACCAACUCGUCUGAAAAAAUAAGUUGUCGGGUUCUAAGUAAAACACCCAUAAUCCAGUGGUUAUUACAGAAGGUAACGUUAAACAACAUGUCGGAGAUGACCAACCAUACAGAUGAUUACUUACAAGAAAUCCCAAUACAGCGAAUUGUGCUCAUGAUCUACGAGUUACUAAACACUGGUGCAUUUGACUCCCUGAUACGGGUUUUCAAAACAAUAAAUUAUUCAACGGGAAACUUCACAGAAGGAAUAUUUACUGAUGAUGUUAAGUAUAACGGACACGAAAAGCCUACAGCAAAUCCACGAUCAUUAUCAAAACGCCAUCUUCCAGACUUCGUAUCAUUAACCACUUUGUUAACUGUAGCAUUGGUAAUUCCAUUAUCAAUAACUGGUCCUAAUAAAUUUUGAUACAAAAACUUAUUCAGGUCUGCUACAAAGAAAGUUGUAAUGUUUAAAAACUGAAAGAAUGAUAAUGACUGGAGGAAAGUCUAAAAAGUCGAGAAAGGUUCCAUUCUUUUUUCAUGUUAAAUCUAUUUUUGAAGCUACUGGAUUAAUAUAUAUAGUUAAUCCCAAAAUACCCUGAAAAUUUUAAUGCAAUAUAUACAUUUUACUACAAUGUUGCAGGCUAAACAAUGCACUUUUUCUUUAAAACCCACAAUGACAUCAAUAUAUAAGAGUAAAGGAGGUAAAGCCCUUGUGUACGUGCGGAUAUUAUGCUGUAUCAUUGAGUUCUGCAGUGUUUUUCUUUGUUUUCACCAAGAAUGCAUCGAAACAUAUAUACAUAAAGAAAUAAAAUAAGACGAUAGAUAAUACACACAUGCACAUGCACAAUUUUAAAAACAAAUGUUUUAAAAAUUAAAAAAAUAUAUUUAUUACCAAAAGCAAUUUACUGGGUAAAAUGCCACAACAUGUAAAGAACAAUAUUAUAUAAUAUUGAAUGUUUUGUAUUUUUGCACUGAAUGUAUAUAACGAGAUCAAUUUUUGAUAUUCACAUUAAUUUUAUAAAGUAAAUUUAACAUUCGAAUUGUCCCACGUGCCCAUGCACACGCUUGGUAAAAUCUCGCUAACUUUGCAACCUGAUUGAAGAACCUUAUUCUUGACUAUAAUAAAGGAAGUUUAAAUGGACAUCUUAUAAUUAGAAAAUCUCAAAAAUAACCAACGGUUCAGCUAAAUUAUAUCGGUUAAGCUGCGUGGUUCCUUAAUAUAUCUACAGGCAUGUGGGACGGUUUCAUCAUUGCACACUCACACUGGCACAAUGUAUAACGAUAAUAAAAUAUUAAAAUAUUAGUUGUGGCUCUUUUCUCUUUCGAGUACC